AUGGCAUUCUGCAAUCGUACUUUACUAGAUUGUCUGGAUUCUCUCUCCUUCAAUAAUCUUUUCCUAUCCUUCCUGUUCUUCACUACUUUGCUUCUUGCUUCUUCCAACUCCUCCUCCUAUGCCUUGAGUUCCGACCAAGCUGAUGCUCUCCUCAAAUGGAAAGCUACCGAUCUCAACAACCAAAGCCAAUCUGUUCUCCAUUCAUGGAAAGUAGUUGAUGAUUCAAAUUCCACCAAUUCCUCUAUGCGAUCUGACCCCUGCAUUAGUUGGAUUGGAAUUGCUUGCAAUCAAAGGGGAAGCAUCACUCAAAUUAACUUAACAAGUAUGGGCUUGCAAGGUAUGAUUAAGAACUUCCCCUUUCCCUCAUUUCCUUCUCUUACACACCUGAAUCUCUUUAAUAAUUCACUUCUUGGCACUGUUCCAUCCAACAUUGCUAACCUUUCUGUCGUCAACUACCUGGAUCUGUCUGUGAAUCAGUUCUCAGGAUCAAUUCCAUCUGAAAUCUGCUUACUUACCACUCUUAAUAUCUUGUAUCUUGAUCAUAAUCAUUUCAGUGGAUCCAUACCUUACAAUAUGGGAAGAUUGAAAGACCUUACUACUCUGACCAUGCACUCCAACAACCUCUCUGGUUUCAUACCUGAAUCUCUUGGUAAUUUGACCAGUCUAAGGCAGCUCUCUUUGUAUGAAAACAAUCUUAUUGGUUCAAUCCCUACAUCUAUAGGUAAGUUGAGAGAUCUGUACUUUCUAUACCUAUACCAAAAUCAACUUUCAGGUCCCAUUCCCAAGGAAAUAGGAAAUAUGACACAGCUCAGAUUUUUAACCCUGGAAAAUAAUAAUCUAAUUGGUUCCAUUCCUCAAGAAAUAGGAAAUUUGAAAUCACUUACUGAUCUGUACUUCCUUUUCAACAAUCUCAGUGGUUCAAUCCCUGUUUCUUUAGGUAAUUUGAAAAACCUAACUAUUUUAUUACUCUCUAAGAAUCAACUCUCUGGUAGGAUUCCUAUAGAAAUAGGGAACUUGACAAGUCUGAGUGACCUAGAAUUGACUCUCAAUCAACUAUCAGGAUGCAUCCCUUCCACUUUGGGAAACCUAAAGAAGCUCACCAAUUUGAACCUACUGGAAAAUCAAUUUUCUGGAUCAAUCCCUGAAGAAAUAGGAAAUCUUACCAAUUUGGCUAACUUACAAUUGGGAGAUAACCAUUUCUCAGGUAGUCUCCCACAAGAAAUAGGAAAUCUUACCAAUUUGGCUAACUUACAAUUGGGAGAUAACCAUUUCUCAGGUAGUCUCCCACAAGAAAUAGGAAAUCUUACCAAUUUGGCUAACUUACAAUUGGGAGAUAACCAUUUCUCAGGUAGUCUCCCACAAGGGCUAUGCACGAGUAGAUCACUUGAAAACUUCACUGCAUUUAACAACCAUCUCACAAGUCUUAUUCCAAAAGGCUUCAAAAACUGCACAAGCUUAUUUAGAGUUCGACUCGAAAAUAACCAACUUGUUGCAAACUUAUCAGAAGACUUUGGGGUUUAUGAGAAGCUGAAUUACAUUGAUUUGAGCAAUAAUCAAUUGUAUGGUGAACUUUCAUCAACCUGGGGUCAAUGCCAAAACCUCCAAACUCUACAUUUGGCUGGGAAUAAUAUUACUGGUAAGAUACCUCCGGAGCUUGGGAUGUUAAUCCAACUGCAUGUUCUUGACCUUUCUUCAAAUUACCUGGUGGGUGAAAUUCCUAUCAAGGAAUUUGGUGAGUUGACAUUUUUGCUAAAUCUCAAUCUGAGUGGCAACCAACUUUCUAGCAAUUUACCAUUAGAAGUUGGUAGGCUAUACAGCCUAACAUAUUUCGACUUGUCAACAACCAGUUUGAGUGGACAAAUACCAAAAGAAAUAGGGAACUGCUCUAGCUUAUCAUAUCUGGAUUUAAGCAACAACAAUUUGAAUGGAAGCAUUCCCUAUCAAAUUGGCAAUCUGGUUCACCUUCAACUUCUAUUGGAUCUUAGUCAAAACCGGCUCAGUGGAGAGAUACUGUCUCAGUUCAAAAGUUUGGUGAACUUGGAAAAGUUAAAUAUCUCCCACAAUCAACUCUCAGGUACCAUUUCUUCUGCAUUCGAUGAAAUGGCUAGCUUGACAUCCAUUGAUAUAUCUUACAAUGAGUUCGAGGGUCCAAUUUCGAACAACAGAGUCUUUCAAAAUGCUACUACAAUAGAAGCUUUAAGAAACAACAAAGCAUUGUGUGGCAAUGCCAGUGGUUUGUAA